CUGGCGCUGUGAAGGAAGGCUGGCGGCCUCGUCACGUGUCCUCUGCGAUCGCGAAACAGUUCCGGUGGUAAGGAGUCCUUUCCAAAUAUAAGAGGAAUAAAGAAGCCACCUCCCCGGCUGUCAUCAUCCUCCAACAGUUUGAGCAAGAAUAUCGCAAGCACUACAGAGAGAGUCCAUCCAACCCGAGAUGAUGGCCUGCCGUGCGAUGUUUUCAAGAAAGGGAGUCGGGUGAAUGAAUCUCAUCAGAAACGAGGCAGUAUGGACGCUGGCCUGUCUGGGGACUCAGUGCCACCAGGGAAGAACUCUUCAGGGAAAAGGCGGAGCAAGUUCCAAGGCCCCCAUGCUCCUUCUGGGCUGAAGAGCAGUGCCAUGGGUGUCUCCCCACGGGCCGUGGAGGAACUUGGAGGAAGCAUUGCCCUGGAAGGCAAAGCCCAAGGGAGUCCACUGGGGUCCAGGUGUUGUGGGGCCUCGAGGAACACGCUGCUUCUGGACUUUCGGUCCAUGAGGAUCAUGGGAGGAGACGCGGACGAGGACAGUGCUAGCGACCUCUCGGACUCGGAGCGGGUCCCCGUGCCCCCUUCCCCGCGCAGGCCUCCAGACCUCCGUCUUCGGGCGGAAGAAAUUGACCCGGUCUGCUUUGACCUGGACCUUCAGCCAGGUGCGGGCCACGCCGGGCCUGAGUACUGUUACCCCGACUUCCUCCCGCCGCCUUGGAACUCCUGGGACCUGCGGGACCGGGCCGUGCUGGAGAACACGGAGCACAGGCCCGGCGCUGGGCCGCGAGCAGGGGGCCUUCUGGGGAGGUACGUGGACAGGCUGGUGCGGCUCGAGUGGCUGCAGGUCCUGACCGUCCAGGGCGAGAGAGCGAGGGGGGCCAAAGCCCGGCCGCCCCCCGUGCCUGGGGCCGCAGCGCCUCUGCAGAGCCCGGGGAGAAGCAAGCUGCCGGCCGGCGCUGCGGCCAGGCCACACCAGAACGGCGCCCCCAAGCCAGGCCCCUCGCGAAAGAAAGGGUUCCACCGCCAAGACGGCCGUCCCUGCCGUUCCUCCUCCGAGGCUCCCGCCGAGCCCCUGGAUGUGCUCAGCACUAGCAGGCUGAGUUCUCAGAAGCAGGCCCUGGACGUGAGGACCGAGGAGAAGAGACAGAGGUGCAAGAGCCCGCGGCCGCCACGCUGGGAGCUGGCCGGCAGUGACAGCAGCUGGAGGAUGGAGAGCAGUGGCAACGCCCGGGUCCCCAGGACGGCCACCCUGACCCUGGACUCCGCCGACCCCCACAAGGCCUCCAGAAUGCGACAUGCAAAUCUUAAGAAAAAGGGAAACACAGAGAACUGUGGACAUGCCUCCCGGUCCAGUGAGAAAAAACUCGAGACGGACGGAGGCAAGCAGAACACGCACAAACUCAAACAGCGUCCGGAAUGGCGAACGGCGAACACCCGCAGAGACCUAAGUGCCAGGGCGCCGCCAGCGACAGUGCUCACCGGGGACAGCAGCUCCUCCCCAGACCCCACGCCCAGCACCGGGGACAGCAGCUCCUCCCCAGACCCCACGCCCAGCACCGGGGACAGCAGCUCUUCCCCAGACCCCACGCCCAGCACCGGGGACAGCAGCUCUUCCCCAGACCCCACGCCCAGCACCGGGGACAGCAGCUCUUCCUCAGACCCCACACCUUUCUGUCUGGGCCGCCUCUCCAGCGAGAUCCUGUCCCAACUCUUCUCCGACGGGAGGCGGCACCCACCACAGCGGGCCCUCGCCCUCUUUGCCCCGGGGGGGGCCGAGGGUCAGAGGGUCAUCUGCAGGGUUUAUAGAUCUCCAGGCGUCCGUGCGCAGGAGCCCCAACGUUGCCGUGCCCGGGCCAUCAAGGAGAGGGGCCUGCUCCCCCUGCUCCCCCUGCGCCAGCCCUGCCGCCUGAACGCGGGUCUGUUCCGCGCACCCCUGCACUGUGUCCAUCACUUCUGCGGCGUCUCCCACCGCAAGGAAGUGCGCGAUCUGCCCCGUUGA